AUGGAUCUCUUCAUUCAGAGACAAUUGAUGGAUAUACUUUUAGCUGCUUCUGUUUCUGUGUUAUUUAUUUCCAUUCAAUAUGCUGUAUUUUGGCUUUAUUCUUCUAGAUCACUUAUCUACCCGUGGCUGAUUCGGAGCGACUCACCAAUAACAUGCAUCACUUUCUCCUUUGGUAUUGUGAUUAAUGUGGUUAGUGGGUAUCUUUAUGGCAGAUAUCUCACUGAAUUUGCUACCUACUCUGAAGAAUGGCUCUACCACCCAUGUUUCAUCAGUGGAAUUGUCCUGUUCUUCAUUGGAAUGGCAGUUAACAUUCAUGCCGACUUGUUGAGAACUCUCAGAAAUCCGGGGGAAACAGGAUACAAGAUACCAAGAGGUGGCCUAUUUGAGUAUAUCUCUGCUGCCAAUUUCUUUGCCAAAAUCAUUGAAUGGAUUGGCUAUGGUGUGGCCAGUUGGUUUCUAGUUGGGCUGAUCUUGCCAUUACUAACAGUGUGCAACCUAUUACCAAGAGGACUUCAUCAUCACAGGUAUUAUCAUAAUAAAUUCGAAGACUACCCGAAAGACAGGAAGGCUGUCAUUCCGUUCACCUUGUAAGAACUGAGCGCACAUCUCCCUAAUCAAUAAGCCGUGUCCGAUUGUUA